AUGCCCGAAAAGGAAGAACAAUCAUUUCCUUCCGUAACAUCAUCAUCAUCGGAGUGUUCAUCUAGGAAGGAUGAUGAUGCACCGAUAACAACAUCUGCCAUUUCAUUAACAUCAAAUCCAUACAACGGAUCAAAAUUAUUCCGAUACGUGAUGGAUUAUUUGAAUGAAGUAAAAACCAAGCCUAAAGAUUUGGUGUUGGAAUGUGAGGAGGUGUCUAUGCAAGUACUCGAUAAUGAAAAUGGAUUUAAAUAUGUGAUGAGAAAGAUGGAUGGAAAAGAAGAGUUAGAGGAAGCUUUUUUUAUUGAAUAUUUGGAAAAGUAUUGUCAUGAGUAUCAUCGAUUCUUAUUUGAUCAAGAACAGUCGUCGUCGUCAGAUAGUAGUAAUGACGCAGAAAUUUCUCCAACAACCAUUCAACAUGUCAUCGAAAUGCAGUCUUCGACUACCCUCAUUGAAGAUGUCACUGAGGAAAUGAAUUAG